UGGCGCGAAAAGAAGGCAGGAUUUAAAUGGAUUUAUUGUAAUAUUUCUAUUUAUUCACUCAUUUUGAAUCUGUUGUUACUUUUCAGAUAUUUAUUUAGAACCAGUCUCGGAAAAAAACUGGAGGUAAACAACCCUGCUAAUGAGGCUGAGAUGGAUGAAGAGACGUUGCUUUCAGACCAGGAUUCUGUCAGUUUGCUGCAGGAUCUUCCUGCCCCCCAAAGCAGAGCAGCUGCUGAGGACAUGGCUGUGACUAAUUCAGGUUCGCACACUGCAAACACAGAGAUUAGAAAGAAGCUGGAGCUGAACCGGCAGAAAAGAAACAAACCGGAGAUCAGCAGAGGCCAAGCGCCUACUGCAGGCUGUGCCACUUCCUCUUCGCUGUCAGCAAAAGUUCCAAAAAAACAUCUGCUUCACAAGAGAAACAGCGUGGGAGAGACUCUUCUUCACAAGGCGUGCAAGAAAAGUGAUCUGGCUCAAGUCAGGAUGCUCCUUAAGGCUGGAGUCGGCGUCAACAUUGAGGAUUAUGCAGGAUGGACUGCUCUGCAUGAGGCGUGUACUUCUGGAGACAAGUCUGUGGUCGAGGAGCUGCUGAGGGCCGGGGCCAACGUCAACGCCAGGUCCUGUGAUGGUGUGACACCGCUGCAUGAUGCUGUGUCUGCUGGGCACUAUCAGGUUGUGAAAGUUCUCCUUGAGAAUGGGUCAAAUGCCUCUGACAAGAAUCUUGGUGGACUUAGUGCUUUUGACAUGGCUGAGGAGGAGGAAAUGAGAAACCUGCUUAGUUUUCAAACCUUGACCUGCAGAGAACCAGCAGCAUGUAGAGCACCAGACAUUCAUCCAAGGGAAGCAAGUGCUGCAAGCAGAGAACCUGCUGAUGUUCAGCUGAGACAAAACAAAGGCAGAGAUAAACCAUUUACAGCUCUGAGUUGCACUGCGAUUCUGCAAGAUAUUUCUUGGAAACAAGCAGAAAUUUUGACCUUGCCUCUGACAAAUCUUACGGAUUUAGAGAGAUACAAAGAGGUUUUACUGGAUACCCAAAAUGUGCUGAUGGAUGUCCUGGUAAAUCAACGUUUAGAGAAAGACACUUUAAGCCACAAGUUAAGGACUGUGCCUGUUUACUUUCACGAACGAGUGCUGAAAAGUAACGUCCUCGCCUUGGCUUCAAAUCAGAGGAAAUUGGUGAAUCUCCUCCAGAAUCAACUGGAGUUGGAAAAAGCUUACAUUACAGCAAAGGCUAACAUUUCUUCUCAGUCCUUGAAUCAUCAAGAGAGAGGUGCUCCAUUUAACCAGCAGGAAUCUCUACUGACAGAUCACAACAGUGCAGAAUGGAAUUCUACUGGAACAAAGAAUUAUAUUAUGAACAUCAAAGGUAACACCGCAGAGGUAAACAACCCUGCUAAUGAGGCUGAGAUGGAUGAAGAGACGUUGCUUUCAGACCAGGACUCUGUCAGUUUGCUGCAGGAUCUUCCUGCCCCCCAAAGCAGAGCAGCUGCUGAGGACAUGGCUGUGACUAAUUCAGGUUCGCACACUGCAAACACAGAGAUUAGAAAGAAGCUGGAGCUGAACCGGCAGAAAAGAAACAAACCCGAGAUCAACAGAGGCCAAGCGCCUACUGCAGGCUGUGCUGCUUCCUCGUCGCUGUCAGCAAACGUUCCAAAACAAAGUCAGCUUUACAAGAGAAAUAGCAUGGGAGAGACUCUUCUCCACAAGGCGUGCCAGAAAAGUGAUCUGGCUCAAGUCAGGAUGCUCCUUAAGGCUGGAGUCGGCGUCAACAUUGAGGAUUAUGCAGGAUGGACCGCUCUGCAUGAUGCCUCUGCUGCUGCAGACAAGUCUGUGGUCGAGGAGCUGCUGAGGGCCGGGGCCAACGUCAACGCCAGGUCCUGUGAUGGUGUGACACCGCUGCUUAAUGCUGUUUCUGCUGGGCACUAUCAGGUUGUGAAACUUCUGCUUGAAAACGGAUCAAACCCCUCUGAUGGGAAUCUUAGUGCUUUAGACAUUGCUGAGGAGGGUGGCAUGAAAGACCUGCUCAGGAAGUUUCAAACAUCUUCUGAGGGGCAGGGUAAGCCUUGCAAAGGGUCAGCACCAUGUGGAGAACCAGGAUCUAAGCACAGGACUGUGACAAACUUUAAUCAAAGAGGAGUGGGAGAUGAAGGUGCAGAAAAUACUCAUGAGAUUAACGGUGUUAAGAGUACAAUUACUGUUUAA